CUGUUCUUAAUCUGAACAGAGUAUAGACCGACUGCCGAGUGUCAACGACGUGCAACCAGUUUGAAGUUUAUCGAUAGCCACGGCCAUGGCCGUGAUCGUGACGACCCGCCCGCAGGCCGCAACUCACCUAUAGGUGCUCCGUCUAGUGUUAAAAGGUCUCUAACUGCAACACUGUUUUUUGAGUUGAUGCUGAUAAUAUAAUUAUUAUUUUAUUAUUAUCACAUUGAAAAUGAUAAGUCCUUGAAAUUUGUUUUCCUUAUUAAGUUUUAAACUUUUGAUAUGUUUUUUAACGCCGAUUAGAUAAUUUGUAGACAUUUUUGUUGUAAUAGUACUGUUUUGCUUAGUAUUAAUGUAAUCUAGCAGUAUUUUUAUAAGUUUAUUUUUUGAAAUGCCCGAGUGGGAAAAUUGGUUCGAGAUUGCCAAACAGUGCAAAUAUUUGCCAGAAAAUGAUCUUAAGAAAUUAUGUCAGAUUGUUUGUGAUUUAUUAAUAGAAGAGGCAAAUAUCCAACCAGUUAACACUCCAGUUACUGUUUGUGGGGAUAUACAUGGACAAUUUUAUGAUUUAGAAGAGCUCUUUCGAAAUGGUGGACAGGUUCCAGAUACAAACUAUGUUUUUAUGGGAGAUUUUGUAGAUCGUGGUUACUACAGUCUGGAAUCGCUGACUAGACUAUUAACUCUUAAAGCAAAAUGGCCUCAUCGUAUAACAUUAUUAAGAGGCAACCAUGAAUCUAGACAAAUUACUCAAGUUUAUGGAUUUUACGAUGAAUGUAUGAAUAAGUAUGGCAAUGCAAAUGUAUGGAAAGAAUGUUGCAAAGUUUUUGACUUGCUCUCUAUUGCUGCGCUUAUAGAUGAAGAAGUGUUCUGCGUUCAUGGUGGUUUAUCUCCUGAUAUUUCAACGUUGGAUCAAAUCAGAGUUAUAGAGCGAAAUCAAGAAAUUCCAUAUAAAGGAGCAUUUUGUGAUUUAGUGUGGUCGGAUCCUGAAGAAAUUGAAAAAUGGCAUGUUAGUCCACGCGGUGCUGGCUGGCUGUUCGGAUCUAAAGUUACUGAAGAAUUCAUGGAAAAGAAUCAGUUAGAGUUAAUAUGCAGAGCUCAUCAACUUGUCAAUGAAGGCUUCAAGUAUAUGUUUAAUGAUAAAUUAGUAACCGUGUGGUCAGCACCUAACUACUGUUAUCGGUGUGGAAAUGUUGCAUCUAUACUAGAAUUCUCUACGGUACACAAUCGCAAACCAAUAUUGUUUAAUGCAGUUCCCGAUGAACAAAGAGUCAUUCCGGAUAAGGCUGCUACACCUUACUUCUUGUGAUAAGAUAUAAUAAAUAUAUAAUUAUUUAUCAAUGAAUUUCAAAUGAUUUAAGAUAAACUGAUCUAUUUUUUGUAAAAUUAUACUCUUGUAUGUCAAAAUGGUUACAGUUUAAGAUAUGUAUCCCAAAAACAUUAAAAAUGAAUGAUUUUUAAAA